CACAUUUUCCACAUAUAUAUAUAUAUAUAUCUUUCUUACUACCUUCUUAUUCAUUCUCAUUAUUUCUCUCAUACCACUACCUGAUCAUCACCUAAUUAACAUGGUGUUCCAAAAGAAAUGAAGGAGCGUCAACGAUGGCAGCCUGAAGAAGACGCCCUUCUCCGUGCUUACGUCAGCCAAUACGGCCCAACCCAAUGGAAUCUCAUCUCUCAACGCAUGUCCAAACCCUUAGACCGUGAUCCUAAAUCCUGUCUCGAACGUUGGAAAAACUACUUAAAACCCGGUAUCAAAAAGGGAUCCUUGACCCCACAUGAACAAUCUCUAGUCAUCUCUUUACAAGCUAAAUACGGUAACAAGUGGAAAAAAAUCGCUUCUGAAGUCCCCGGUCGAACCGCCAAACGUCUCGGCAAGUGGUGGGAGGUUUUUAAAGAAAAACAGCUCAAAAAAAACAACGCCGCCGCCGCAUCCGGUGGAGGUGGUUCGGUUUCAAACACAUUAGUCCCGCCGCCGUUGGCUGUCGCAUCUGUCGUCUCGGGUUGUUGUUCUUCUCCCGAAAAAGCGGUUCAAGGUACUUACGACCAUAUUCUAGAUACUUUUGCUGAGAAAUACGUUCAGCCGUAUUUGAAUCCCGCAAUGUCUAACAUCAAUUCCCCGAUUUUAUCUCUUGGUUCCGGAUCCGGUUCGGGUCAUGUACCCGAUCCGAAUGUGACGUUGCCUGGACCAGUGGCGUUGCCACCAUGGAUGAAUAUGAAUGGUGCUGGUGGAAGUACUAUGACGAUGACGUCAUCGUCUUCUUCAAAGUCAACAACGCCAUCUCCUUCUGUUAGUCUGACGUUAUCUCCGUCUGAACCGGUGGUGUUGGACCCGGUUCAUACUGACCAUCCGGUUCAUUCCCGGUUUUUCCCGGUUCAGCAAGUGGGAACUUUGGUUCAUUAUUGUAAAGAGGUUGAGGAAGCUAAGCAGAACUGGGUUCAGCAUAAGAAAGAGGCAACGUGGCGGUUGAACCGGUUGGAGCAACAAUUAGAGGCCGAGAAAAACCGAAAGAGGAAAGAAAAGAUGGAUGAAAUUGAAGCGAAAAUUCGGAGUUUAAGAGAGGAAGAAACGACGUCGUUAAUGAGGAUGGAAAGUGAGUAUAGAGAACAAUUGAGUGCUUUACAAAGAGAUGCAGAAGGAAAAGAAGUGAAGUUGAUGGAGGCUUGGAGUAAUAAGCAAAUGAAGUUGAGUAAAGUUGUUGAACAAAUUAAUGGUGGCUUAAUUCAACAUCAACACAUGAUUAGUGGAACUAAUCAUAAUCAUCAUCAUGGGUUAAGUUAAGAUUAAGAUGAAUAAUGGUGGAUUACGAUCCAUUUUAGUAUGCAGAAAUUUGAGUUUAAGUGUGUUUUUAUGAGAUGUAAUGAAUGCAUGGAUAAUUAAUCUUAUAAUUUUGUUUUUUCUUAA